UUUAUCUCCAUCCGCCUCGGGACGACUUGGAACGGAAUAAUGCAAUGGAGACGAAGCCUUCUAGGCUCUACUAAUCGACGCCGAAAAGAUACAACAAAGUUGCUGACUUCAGAGACGUUAAACUUGUCCACUAAGAAUGAAAAUACAAUAUAAAAUGUGUUAUAAAAGAAAUCCUCUCUGGCUUUAUGCUUUUAAACCAAUUAUGUAUUGUUUCAAACGUUUUCCGUAUCGUCUUAUUGAUUAUUUUGGUCUGGCACACAGGAGCCAGCCAUGGAGCUAGAUAUGUAGCAAUUUGCUAGUUACUACGGGGGGAAGUGAAGGGAAAACGGUUAAAAACGGUGUAACUUCAGACAAUUUGUACGAUGGCAUCGCAGCCUCCUCCUAAACCGUGGGAAAGGCGGAUUCCAGGAGCAGCCAUGAGUGCACCAGUUAACUAUCGGUCGAUUGACUUUGCCCCACCAGGUCCCUCCACCCCCGGCCUCUCUGGUCCCGCCGGUCCUCCCGUCUUGACCCGCAUGGUGCCCCCUGUCCCCCCUCGCCCUGUCCAGUCCAUCCAGUCCUACCGUCCCUCCUACAGCUCCUUCCCUGGCUCCUCCUACAACCCCUAUGGUAGCUCCAGCCUCUACGGUGGAGCAUACAGCCCCUACAGUCCCUACAGUGGUGGCUAUGGCAUGGGAGGGGUGCUCGGUGGGAGCCUGGGCUACAGCCGCUUCGGCCAAACCGGUGGUGAAGACGUGGCGCCCAGUCGGUUUGUCCAACAGGCAGAGGAGAGCAGCCGCGGCGCCUUCCAGUCCAUCGAGAGCAUCGUCCAGGCCUUCACCUCGGUCAGCAUGAUGAUGGACGCCACCUUCUCGGCCGUCUACAACAGCUUCCGAGCCGUGCUGGAUGUAGCCAACCACCUGACACGGUUACGGAUGCACUUUACCAAGGUUCUGUCGGCCUUUGCCCUGGUGCGCACCCUGCGCUACCUGUACCGCCGCAUACAGAGGAUGCUGGGGCUGAGACGGGACGGUGAGGUGGAGGACCUGUGGGCAGACAGCGAAGGAGCUGUUCUGGCGACCAGAGGUGCUGGAGCCGCAAUGGAAGACCCCAGAGCCGGAGCGGUCAAGUCGUGGCCCAUCUUCCUUUUUCUGGCCGUGGUCCUAGGAGGGCCCUAUCUCAUCUGGAAGCUGCUGAGCUCUGCCCAGGGGCCAGAGGAGAGCGCCACCAACUGGGCUAGUGGGGAGGAUGACCAUGUGGUUGCCAGGGCGGAGUAUGACUUCACAGCUGCGUCGGAGGAGGAGCUCUCACUGAAUGCUGGAGACAUGCUCAACCUGGCUCCUAAAGAGCAUCAACCCAGGGUGCGUGGGUGGCUGCUGGCCAGUGUAGACGGCCAGACCACAGGCCUCAUACCUGCCAACUACGUCAAAGUCCUGGGGAAGAGGAGAGGCAGGAAGCACGCUGAGCUGGAGAGGCUGGCCCAGGUUCAGGCCCAGCCAGGGAACCCACUGGGCACCACCCUUCAAGCCCCACAGCCUAACCUGGCUACGGGCCCAGUGCCAACUGUAUCCCCAGGCUUGGUUUCAGGCCUCGGCCCAUUAGAAGCCGUCCCAGUAACUAUCCCAGAGGAGCUGCUGGAGAGCGUGUACAGGGAAACGCCAGCCGGUUACAGCAGCCUGGGUCUGGGUGUAUUGCCCAGCACCACGACAGCUUCGAGCACAGUGCUCACCAUACCAGAGAAGAUUGACCUGUGAUGUCUGACUUUGUGUUUUCCCACACGUCCGUUGAGGCUGUACGUGGUUUGUUGAUGAGCUGUUCUGUAGAGCUCGGUCACGUCCAGCAGUGGGGAAACACAUGAUUUACAUCCAGAAGGUGAUUCAUGUUCACAAUUCAGUGGCUUUGGUUUGACAUUUAAUCUGCCUGGAAUCAAUUAGUGAGGUUGGUACAUGAGGUAUUGAGUACCUGGAUAAAAGAGAAGUGGGUAUCUGUCAGACAUCUGGAUAUGAGUGUUUCCAGAACAUUAUCUAGAUAUGAGUGUUUCCAGGACACUGUCUUGGUUUGGCUGUCUUGUCAGUGGUUAUCUAGACCAACCUAUACCUAUCCUGUACCAGCCUUGUCAGUACGGUUACACUACAUUUUAGCUCAAUAAUGAUGCAUAUUUAAAUGUUUUUGAUAUAGAUUUAUUUAAUUAACAGUGAAUGAGUACAUUAAGAUCAAAUGAAGCACGCUAAGAGAUUAUGUGAAAAUAUUGCAUCGUUUGAUGCUGACGGGACAAAGCCAUAAUAUUAUGUUUAACCUUUUUGUUCCAAGUUAAUGUCGAUGGUUUGAUAUUUAAAGAUAAAUUCAUAGGAAUAGAAGCUCUAACCCUGGCAAGUUGACUGGUACACUCACAAUGGCUGCCUGAUUGUGACUCAAUCGUUUCCAUGGUAUUUUGGAAUGUUCUAUCAACUGCUGGGUUGCCACGGUAAUGUGAAACAUUUAUUCAAAUGAUGCUAACUGAUGUGGCUCAUACAAUGGCAUGUGUUGAGUUGACAUCACAGCCCCAAUUGAAUGGUACACUUCCUACUUGUACUUCCUGGCAUGGGUCUAGGUUGAAGAUGGGAAUAUUUUAAAACCUAGACAUGGGUACACUCGAUGUCUACCAGUCCACGUAUUAUGUCAUCAUUGACUUGGAGACUAUUUCUAUGGAUAAAUUACUAUCAAGGUUCAGAUUUGGUUCUAAUGGAAGGAUGGGACUUGGUUUUUAAAUCGGUGUUAAUAUGGUUGUAAAAUGUUGUUUGAAAUUCGGGAAUGGUCCAACUAUAUCUUGAAUGUUCUGUAAAAUGUCCUAAAUAAUUCAAAGUGAAGUUUUGAACUUGGAAAAUUGAACUAUCCAAUAUCAAGAUAUAUUAACUCAAGAAGUUUUGUUGAAUGCAUCUGUAAGAUCUGAAAUAGCCAGUCCUCAUCUUGGUGUUUCAGUGGCAUUUUAAGUCCUCACUCACCUGAAAAACUGUAAUUAUGUAAAUACAAUUAUUUUGGAAAUAAACAUUUUCAAAACCUGAAAA